CAAGCACUUCCGCUUCCGGGACAAAGUUGAGACGAAGGGCCGCCGACAUCAACACAACCUGAAUAGAAAUCCUCACUUUUUUGUUGCUUAAGGUGCCAAGCAGCAGCAGGAGGACGAUGUCUGGCCAGAAGAGACCGUGCGAUCCCAGCGGGUCCCUCUCUGGUGCUCCUCCGGAGAAGCGUCGUGAGAGGGAGAUGGGUGGCGAGGAGACUGCCGGGGUCAGCGCGACAGCUGGAGGAAGCACUGCGGUGGAGACCGUCAUCAAGCUCGGCGGAGUGUCCAAUCCGGAGGAGCAGGACAUUAAAGCACUGCAGGCCAAAAAUAGGAAACUGGGCGAGUCUCUCGAUCAGAGACAGGUGAUUGAGGAUGAGCUGAGGGAGAGAGUGGAGAGGCUGGAGACUCGACAGGCCACAGAUGACGCCAGCCUGCUGAUCCUCAACAGAUAUUGGAACCAGUUUGAUGAGAACGUGCGCCUCAUCACCCAGCGGUAUGACCAGUCUGGCAACGAGCCAGCGGACAGCCACGUGCCUGAGGGGCGGAGCCUCAAGCCAGACACCCCGGAACCCGACGGAGACUCCAAUCAGGAGAGGGCAAAGGACAGAGGCCAACAGGGGGAGGCGUCAAGCUCCUUCCUGGCCACGCUGGCCAGCAGCAGCAGCGAGGAGAUGGAGGCGGAGCUGCAGGAGCGCGUGGAGUCCAGCUGCAAGCAGGCCGGCCGCGUGGUGGACGUCUACACCAGCCUCAAGGCCACCGUCGAACAGCUGAAGAAGACCGUCGACUCGGAGACAGAGGGGAGCCUGUGGGAGGCGGCCACACAGCUGAGCUCUCUGCUGACCAGUGAGAACGAGCGCCUACGCCAGCUGACCGACAGCCUCAAGCAGAAGCACAGCCAGAUGACCAGCGAGUCUCGAUCUCUGGGGCGUGCGGCGACGCGGGCGGAUAAGCGCAUCGGGGAGCUGCAGGUGAUGGUCGAGGAACUGCAGUGGGACAUGGAGAAGAUCAGACGCAGAGAGAACAGGCUCAACACACACCUCGGAGAGGUGCUGGAACGGGUGAACAGCAAAGGCUACAAAGUGUGUGGAGAAGCCAGCAGCGUCUGUGGGACCAUUACCAUCAACAAGAGGAAGUUUGAAGAGAUGAACAGUGAGCUGGAGGAGAACACAGAGUUGGCAGAGAACCGACUGGUAGAACUGCAGAAGCUGCAGCAGGACCUGCAGACUGUUCAGCAGGAGAACCAGAACAUGAGGAUGGAGCUGGUGUGUCGUGCGGAGGGUGUGGUGAGGGACAGUGCUGAGUACCGGUGUCUGCAGUCCCAGUUCUCCGUGCUGUAUAACGAGUCUCUGAUCCUGAAGGCCCAGCUGGACGAGAUCAGGGCACGCCUCAACACCACCAGGACCGCACGCCUACGACAACUAGACCACAUGGAGAAUGACGAGGUGUCGCUGCAGCGUAAGGUACGUACAGAGGUGAUCCAGCUGGAGGACACGUUGGCGCAGGUGCGCAAGGAGUACGAGAUGCUGAGGAUAGAGUUCGAACAGACGCUCGCCGCCAACGAACAAGCAGGCCCCCCAGGGCCAAUCAACCGUGAGAUGCGGCACCUCAUCAGCACGCUGCAGACCCACAACCAGCAGAUGAAGGCCGAGGUCAUCAAGUUCAAACUACGCCUGAGGGAGGCACAGCAGGACCUCAAUGUGCACCGGGCAGCAAAAGGCAACACCGUGCUCCAAUCCCAGUCGAGCACGGAGCUGGACGUGAAGGAGGAGACCACGUCCCCCCUCACCCCGGCCACUGGGGACGCCACCGUCAAGACGGAGUCCGACAACGACUCAGCCACGCCCAACAGCACAGGCGCCUCUGUCAAAGCGGAGCCCGGCACAGAGCCGGAGAUGGCCGUCAAGGAGGAGGAGAAGGAGAAAGGGGAGCGGGAAAAGGAGAAGCCAGAGCGAGAGAAGAAGGAAGAGAAGGAGAAAGAGAAAGAGGUGAAACAGGAGAAGCCUGAAAAGCAAGAGAAGCAGGAGCGCGAGAGAGAGAAGGAGAAGGAGAGGGUGACGAGGGGAAGUGUGAGCGUCAAGGAGGAGCGCGACCGGGCCGGCACCAGCAGCAGCCAAUCGGAAGAGAGCGCGGCGGAGCGCUGCGCCGUGAUUGGAGGAGGAGGAGGACCACCAAAGAGGAAGGAGCUAGAGCAGCUGAAAAUGCUCCGCGCCGAGCUCAAGAAAGCCCAGGAGUCUCAGAGGGAGAUGAAGCUGCUGUUGGACAUGUACCGCUCGGCCCCUAAAGAGCAGCGGGACAAGGUGCAACUCAUGGCUGCUGAGAAGAAGGCCAAGUCAGAGGGCGAGGAGCUGCGCCAGCGUCUGCGCGAGCUGGAGGAGAGGGAGAGGAGGGAGGGGAAGAAGAUGGCGGACGAGGAGGCGCUGCGGAAGAUCCGCUCCGUAGAGGAACAGAUAGACAUCCUCAACAAGAAGCUCUCCCUCGCCAAACAGGAGGAAGACGCCCUGCUGAGCGAGAUGGACGUGACGGGCCAGGCGUUUGAGGACAUGCAGGAGCAGAACAUCCGUCUGAUGCAGCAGCUGCGCGAGAAGGACGACGCUAACUUCAAGCUGAUGAGCGAACGCAUCAAGUCCAACCAGAUCCACAAGCUGCUCAAGGAGGAGAAGGAGGAGCUGGCAGAUCAGCUGCUCACGCUCAAGACACAGGUGGACGCCCAGCUGCAGGUGGUGAGGAAGCUGGAGGAGAAGGAGCGCCUCCUACAGGGCACCAUCAGCACUGCAGAGAGGGAGCUCACGCUCAGGACACAGGCUCUAGACAUGAACAAACGCAAGGCGCAGGAGUCUGCUUUAAUGUCGGAGGAUUUGAAAACGCAGCUGGAGUCUGUGCAGCAGCGUCUGAGUGGUGUGCGGGAGGAGGUGGUGGAGAACAGCAUCACCCGCGAGAAGGAGUCCUUUAACGCACGCCGUGCACAGGAGGACAUCUGCAAGCUGAGGAGAAAGCUGGAGAAAUCCAAGAAGCCGGCGGACAACAUUGGAGCCACUGGAGACGAGAUCCUCAACGAGGAGAUCAACGAAUACAAGGCUCGUCUGACCUGUCCGUGCUGCAACUCCCGCAUGAAGGACGCGGUGCUGACCAAGUGCUUCCACGUCUUCUGCUUCGAGUGCGUCAAGACGCGCUACGACACGCGCCAAAGGAAAUGCCCCAAGUGCAACGCCGCCUUCGGAGCCAACGACUUCCACCGCAUCUACAUCAGCUAGAACGAAGAACGAACUCCAACUCCCAUGAUCCAAUAUUCACCCACUUUUCCUCCCGCCCUGUUCUGCAGCGUGAUUGGCUGUUUAGCUGGUCACGUCUCCAUUCCUGACCGUCCACCACAGCUCAGUGUCUGCAGGCUUGACUUUGGUGUUUUUCAAAGACGUGAUAGGGCGGAUUGGUUAAGAGGGUGUGGUGACUUGGUGCUCUUCAGGGGUGGACUCCUCCUAGUGUUUUGAAAGAGGUGGAGAGACGUGCAGUGGUAGUUGUGUGAGAGAAUUGGGGGUGUGAGGGGGGUGUAUAGGCUAGAUAUACUUUUCCCCCCUCAUUUACAGCACACGCACGCAAACACACACUCACACAUUCAUACAUUGCACACACUCGAGCACACACAUUCAUACACUGCAGACGCAUACCAUCACACAUAACACACACACACACACACACACACACACACACAAACACACACACACACUGCACCCAAACCAUCCAUACGUUGCACACACACAUGCAUACAUAACACAAGACAUUACAUUAAAAACAAAUGCAUCAAAAGAAACUUCAAAAGAGUACUUCAUCCAGAGAUAUGGUAAAGAAGACACAUCAUACGGUCAGCUAGCCACACUUGCUUCCAUUACAUUCCGUUAGACUCUGGCGUGGCCGUGCUUGGUGGCGAUGACGAGGAUGAGGAUGAUGAUGAUGAUGAUGUGACAUUAUAUGAGCAGGAGCGUCACCUGACUGACAGGUGUGACUGAUGUCACCUGCCCACCAGGUCUGGCAGAGGAGCAGAGAGACAUGUGCAUCUGCGGCCAUCUGCAUCUGCCAUUUCACGUUUUGUCUGUUUAGUUCAUUGUAAUAUUUGCCUAUUGUCAGUUAAUAAAUAACAAUAAAAAAUGAU